GAGAAUUCAAGAUCUCAAGGUGCAACGAACUUAAACAACAAAAGAGAAACAGUGGACAGUGGCACUCUCCGACAUAGCCGACUAGCCAAGAAUCAGAAACAGUGGACAGUGGCACUCUUCGAUAUAGCAAAUGAGAAACAGUGGACAGUGGCACUCUCCCGAUCAGAAGAGAAUUCAAGAUCUCAAGGUGCAACGAACUUAAACAACAAAGGAGAAACAGUGGACAGUGGCACUCUCCGACAUAGCCGACUUGCCAAGAAUCGUAGCCGUCGCCUAGUUUAG